UGACUUCCUAUUUCCGGUUUUAAGUGGAAUAAAAAUGUUCGAAGUUAUCUCAUAAUUAAAUCAGUUUGGGAACUAAUGAGUUUGCCAAAGAAAUGUAAGGAAUAUCAAUAGGAAUAAAAAUGAGAUGUGUACAUUAUAUAGAGACUGUUCUAUGAUGAAAAGCCAUAGAAGUGCUUCAUACCAUCAUAGCAACGGAGACUCAUAGAAUGUUCCAGAAUCACAGGGCCAUACCGCCAUGGCUUUUUCCGAUGAAUACCACUCCCGUAAGAUCAGCUUCCAGCGGUGGUUAACACAUGUGAAACUCUCCAGACUGAUUGGAAUUCUCCUAGUGAUUCUGAUCAUAGUUCCAUUAAUCGCACAUUAUUAUAUCUCAAACAUUGGCUCAGAUGGACUCGAAGGUGAAGGUCACAGGACGAGGUCGAAACUUGACCAUAUUGAAGAUUCUCCGAGCCUCAAAUCAUCCGACUUGAAGUUUCGAAUUGAGGAACUGAGACGGAUAAAAGCAAGCGUGAAUAAUGAACUUCGCGAUUUGGAAAACACGAGGCAGAAACUCAAUGCUGAAAUCAGUGGUUAUAACUCACAUAUUGAGAAACUUAAGCAUGAAUAUGAGAGUACAAACAAAGACUUGGACCAGUUGAAAUUGACAAUGCAGAACACACGGUUAGAACAGGAGGAUGUUCUAAAGCGUAAUAUGCUAGAAAUGCAGCUGCCACACAGGAUCCUCCCAUCCCUUGAGGACUCCAUACACAUUGAUCCACCAAAGGCUCACACAGCGUGCGCCAUGCAUACCUGCUUUGAUUACUCCAGGUGCUCAAUUUCAUCAGGAUUUCCCGUUUAUUUUUACAGUCCCCUUGACUACACCCUCACCAAGACACCUCUACAUCCCUUCAUCAAGUCCUCAGUAAUGAAUGCAUUUAAUUCAAAUCCCCACUCCACAUUUGACCCCCAUAUUGCCUGUAUAUAUGUCAUCCUGAUUGGAGAUCUCGAAAAAGACAAUGAAGAUUACUCUCUAUUAGAGGAGAAAUUAAAAAAUCUGCCAUAUUGGCAUGGCGAUGGACGCAAUCAUUUAUUAUUAAAUUUAGCUCAUGGUCACACUUCGAGAGAUAUAUUCGAACAUGUAAACACUGGGCGAGCAAUGAUCGUCCAAUCAACAUUUAUCAGUAGUCGUUUCAGAGCUGGUUUCGAUGUAAUUAUACCGCCAUCUUUAGGAAUAUCUCAUGGUGAUUCAUGGGAAGGAUUACCCAUGCUUGUUCCUGCUAGAAGACAAUAUCUCCUCACAUUUCUCGGGGAGUAUAACCAACUGAAAUCUUUCACCAAUAAAGCUGAAGAAUUCCAAUCUCAGGGUGCUGCUGGGAAAACAUCACCACGGCAACAAAGUGUGCAAAAUGACUUGAUCUUUAGGUUGAAAAAUAAUGCGGGGAAUAACGACCAAAAUCAACCAAUUAUUAACAGUAAUAGAAAACUAUUAAGUACAAAUGAACGGACGUUAAACAAUGACUUUCGGGAACUUAUUAACUUAGAGAAUGGAAUUGUUGAAGCUUUAAAAAACAUGCAAUCAAAACACAGUCAAGAUGGAUUUUAUUUUGAUUUUAAAUGCAAUGGUGAUGUAAGUGUUGGACUGAAUGCUGAAUGGGCACUGUGCCUCCCUGAACCUAAGCGUCAUGAACUUCUGGAGAAAUCCACUUUUAGUCUCAUAAUUGCCCCCACUAAUUACAGUAUUAUAUCUAGUGUGCUGACACAAAUUAGGAUAUUUGAAGCAAUAAAAUAUGGUGCAAUACCUAUUAUACUUGGGGACUACAUACAGCUCCCAUUCAAUGACUACCUCUUGUGGAAGGAUGCAGUGGUUCAACUCCCUAAAUCUCGUAUAACAGAACUGCAUUUUAUCAUACGUUCAUUCAUCGACAAUGAUAUUUUAGCACUUCGUAGGCAGGGUCGAAUAUUUUACGACUCAUUUUUCUCCUCAACAAAAAACAUUAUUGAUACACUAUUGGCUGUGUUUCGUACAAGACUACAGAUACCUGCACCUCCUAUCAGAGAUGAACCGUCCCCCAAUGUGUUCAAUGCCAGUUUCGUUCCACUACGUGAUGAAAAUGUAGAUAUACAGACAGAAGCUGAUGAUAUUCUGGGCCCUAUUGAAUCUCCACUGCCUUCUCUGACAUAUAGGCAGAACUUUACAUUUAGUUACAGAGUGUUUAACCAGCCAGGGGACUAUCGUCACUCCUUCCCCUUCACUCCCUUCAUUCCAGUCUUACCUGCUGAGGCAAAGUUCAAAGGGUCUAGUCGAGGGUUCCGACCCAUAGGCAAGGGAGCAGGUGGUGCAGGGAAGGAGUUUAAUGAGGCCCUUGGAGGAAACUUUCCAAGGGAACAAUUCACAAUUGUGAUGCUGACAUAUGAAAGAGAGGCUGUCUUGAUGAAUGCUAUAGCAAGGCUGAAAGGUCUGCCUCAUCUGAACAGAGUGGUGGUUGUGUGGAAUAGUCCCAAGCCACCUGCUGAGGAUCUCAGGUGGCCUAUCAUAGGAGUAGAUGUACAUGUGAUUAGAACAGAGAAGAACAGUUUGAACAACCGUUUUCUACCAUAUGAUGUCAUAGAAACAGAGGCUAUCUUGUCAAUAGAUGAUGAUGCCCAUCUCAGGCACGAUGAAAUCAUGUUUGGAUUCAGGGUGUGGCGUGAGAAUCGUGAAAGAAUCGUAGGAUUCCCAGGACGCUUCCAUGCUUGGGAUCUUGAUCAUGAUAGCUGGUUGUACAAUUCUAACUACUCAUGUGAACUCUCUAUGGUACUCACUGGUGCUGCAUUCUUCCACAAGUAUUAUGCCUACCUAUACAGCUAUGUGAUGCCUCAGGCAAUAAGAGACAAGGUGGAUGAAUAUGUUAACUGCGAGGACUUGGCUCUUAACUUUCUAGUCUCCCAUAUCACUAGACAACCUCCAAUUAAGGUCACAUCAAGGUGGACUUUUAGAUGCCCAGGGUGUCCUAAAGCUUUAUCCGUGGAAGACUCCCACUUUCACGAACGGCACAAAUGUAUGAACUUUUUUGUGAAGAUAUAUGGAUACAUGCCUUUGCUGUAUACUCAAUUCAGAGUUGACUCGGUGCUCUUUAAAACAAGAAUUCCCCACGACAAACAGAAAUGCUUUAAGUUUAUAUAACAUAUGAUCUAUGGUCUGAUGUGAUGCUUUUGUGGCAUGUUCAAUAAAUUAAUGUAUCUUUUGCAAAUGAUGUUGAUGCAAUUGAUGUGUGUCUCAAACAUUUUAUAAUGGCUAAAGAAACUGCAUUUGAGGCAUUUAAGUAUGGGCUUUCAAAAGUAUGGGCAUUUGGUCUUUCAAGAGAAAAAUCCAUGCUUUUGAAUGUCAUUGGUUUAUGAUUAGCUUUAGUAUGAUGAUAAGUUUAUAUAUGUGUGUGACAAACUUAUGUGUAAACUGUUAAAUAUUAAUUUGUACAAUUUAGUUUGAAAAGCCUUAAGUUAAAGGUGCUUCAUCAUCGGACAUAUUGGUUGACUCCCUCAUGGCUCUAUAUGGCAGUAAUUUCUGUUAUGAGAAGUAAAAGUGAAAAAAUAUGUAAAAACUAUUAUUUUGUGAUGAAAAUGAUUUCCCAUCAUUCUGUCUGUUUCCUUUGUAUCAUGACAAUGUGUUGUCUGUCUUAUGUAAAACAUGUGAAAUUUGUAAAAAUGCUACAGAAUUAUUACUGUAAACUGUAAUGUUUUACUAAGAUUUUUUUUAUUUACCCAUAAUAUAAUAUAAGCCCCAUAUAAUAUGGGGUUAUUUUCAUAUGUAUAUACAAAUAUGUAAAAUAAAGCGUUUGUAAUGUACACUGUUAUACAAAACUGUGGUAUGUUGGACAUGUUUCAUGAAAUGUGGAUCUUUGCUACUGCAAUAUAGUUCAGUGUUACACUCCCCUCCAAAAGUUUGGCAACUGAAAGUUACCUUUAAAUAUCAGAUAAAAACAG